AUGACUGCGCCAACGGGCAAUGGCGACGCGCCUGUGGCCGACACAGCAGCGGCCGUGGUUAGCAAACCAAAGCGCGUCCGGACGGGAUGUUUGACGUGUCGCGAGCGCCAUCUCAAGUGCGACGAGGGAGCUCCCAUAUGCCAGAACUGUCGCAAGUCCAAUCGCCAAUGUAAACGCGGUCUGCGCCUCAACUUCAUCGAUACAAACUGCCAAGGGCCUCCGCAGAAAGCCCCCACGCUCGAAUGGAAGGUCGACUUUAUGGACGAGUCCCGCGACAUUGCCUCCGAGUAUGUCGGAGGUAUGGAGAAGUACAGUGCAAAGGACACGCGCCCGUCGCGACCCUCGAUCGUCCAGCAGCACCUACAGCCCGCUGAUAUGACGGCCAUGCCCAUGUUCGAAUAUAAUCCAGCUGCUGUCGCUCACGCCCAUGCUCAGGCUCAGGCUCAGGCUCAGGCCCAGGCGCACGCUCAAGCACAACAUGCCCAUGCACAAGCACAGGCUCAUGCUCACGCGCAGGCCCAGGCACAUGCUCAGGCCCAGGCUCAGGCUCAGGCUCAAGCCCAUGCUCAGGUCCAAGCUCAUGCCCACGCUCAAGGAGCUACUCCGUCUGCUCCCAACAUGUCAUAUCAACCACUACCAUCAAUUCAGGGCAUGCUUCCCGAGUCAUACCCUUCGGCCGACGAUCACAAGUACGACGCCUUCAAUCCUUCAAACCACGCAAACCAGGACUCUCCCUUCUCGAACCAACAGAGAAACUCCAUAUCAGCCUAUAGUCAGCAGCAAGACCAAGAAGAUGCCACCGAGGGUAGGCGCGAAUUUCUCACUACGCAGGAGGAGACUUUGUUCAUGCAGGUCUUCGUCGAAGAGGUUGGCCUCUGGAUGGACAGUAUGGAUCCUAUGAAACACUUCUCACGUCUGCUACCGUUCCAUUCAUUGGGGGAACCCAUGCUGCUCAACGCCUUUCUAGCUUGCGGUGCUCGUCAUCUGGUGCUUGUCAACUCUGCUUACAGUGAGGAGAAGGCCCUGCAUUACUACGACACUGCAACGAGGUAUUUGCUCAAGAAUCUUCAAAAUCCCAACCGCGACACCAUCGUAUGUGCUACUACUGCUGUCAUCCUGAACGUCUAUGAGAUUAUGAGUGAACGCGCUCUGCAGAGAAUGAACCAUAUCGCUGGCGCUCGUGCUCUGAUCAAAGAAUGUGGCUGGAACGCCCGCUCAUCCGGAAUUGGUGCCGCCUGCUUCUGGCUUAAUGUUGGACUUGAGGUGUUGAGUUGUCUUCAUUUCAACUGGCAGGUCGCUUGGGAUCCAGACGACUGGGGCAUUGACAUGGAUUUCAACCGCGAGAUACACAACGGCCGAGAGGAAAUCUGGACUCACCGUAUGCUCUACAUCGUCGCAAAGGUUGCAAACUUCAGAGCCACCAUACCUCGACACCAGGAGCAGGAUCAACGAGACGAGGAGAUGCGUCGCCAGAACAGAUACGGUGAAUGGCAAAAGCUAAAGUCCUGGACUGAUGCCUGGAACGACAACAUCCCACGUACUAUGCAUCCUAUGGCCUAUCUCUACCCUCAGCAUACCUCGUCCAAGUCCUGUUUCCCCGAGGUAUGGCUGAUCAAGCGUACGACCAUUGUCGCUCGUCUGUUCUAUCACACUGUGAUGGUCCUCCUUUCACAAAUACACCCAUACUUUGGUCUCGACAAUCCUGAGAUGCACGACAUGCAGCAUCGCCAUUCCCAGAUGAUCUGUGGCAUUACUGCACAUGUUAAGGACAGGGGUGUUGCCAGCGUAGCUAUCCGUUCAUUGGCCCACGCUGCCGAGUGCUUGACCGACCGCCGCGAGCAGGAGGAAGUGCUUCAGAUUUUCCAAAAGAUCAACAAGGAGACCGGAUGGCGCAUCGCUUUCGUGUUUAAGGAGCUCAAAGAGAAAUGGGGCUGGACUGACGAAACGCAGCCGCCGCCACAGCCAAUCGCUUCUGUUCACUCCACGUCGUUACUUACGAGCCCUGUGCCGAUGCAACAACCAUAUGGACAGUAUUCGGCCGCCAUUACGCCCGUCGCUGCACCUGCGUCCACGCAAGCCCCAGCAGCUUCCAGACGUCCGCCAGCAGGUAUGGUGAACCCAAUGUUUGCCAAUGCCGAUUUCACCAUGCCAUCCCAUCCAUACCAGAAUGUGUAUGUGGCACCAAAUCCCGUCACCAAUCAGUCUGCGCUGUAUUAUCAGGCUUAG